CGCGCCCAUUUUGUGAGCGUCUGCAAUCUUCUAAUAACACUUUAACCUGGGAUGAAUUAUAUACGCAUACAACCGACGCUGGUCUGAUUUUCCCCGUCGUUUAUGUUUAUUUGUUUUUGUUUUGUCUAAAAUUGGCUAACAAUGGAAAUACGUGUCUGGAAAACUAUCCUAUUACAGUGGGUGGAAAAAUGCAAUUUCAUAGAAAAUAUUACAAGUCUAGAAAAUUCCGAUAUAGAGGCUUUCUUUGCCUUUUAUGCACAGUAUGCUCAAGUUAAGCUACCGGCGUCGCCUUCAAGCGUCACAAUUCCUCUGGAACUACUUCAAACUUUUCUUAGAGAUAACUAUCCAAACUUUGAGCCGCGUUUGGAACUUGAUGGUCAUAUAGUAGCAGCAGAUUACAUAUAUGUGUACACACUUCUAAUGCACUACACCUGCGUUCAGAGUCCUAGCGAAUAUUUUCAAAAUAUUUGUACAAAUUUACCAUACAAUAUUCAGCAAUACAUAGCUGAAUUUUUCCAACAGACUAUAAAAAAGCCACAGAUGACUCGUGAUCAUUUGCACGAGACCAUUGUCAGUAUUCCCCUGUCCGUCCAAAAUAAAUGUAAUGGAAAUAAUUCUAUGAUAGACAGCAACACCAUGGAUUCGGCUUCACUCGAUGCUGAUGCGAGUGCGAGUACGAAUCCUGUGACGCCAAAGCCUGUGAAGCGGGAGCUGAUUAACUUACCAGGUGUCAGCCAAAUGCCAGCCCCGCCCACCCCUAAAACUGAGCUUCUCGAACAGUGUACGCGUGAGCUGUUGGGAUUACGUGCUCAGUUGGAAACCGAACGGUAUGAAAAGGCGGUUCUUGAGGAACAAAUUUUAGAAAAUGAACAUCUGAUAGAUUCGCUGACUAAAGAGAAUUUAAUGAAAAAGAAGCAACUGACCAAAUUUACGGCCACCCUUCAGGACGAAAACGACAAUGAGAACACUUACAUGCAUAGCUAUGUACCCAAUGAAUUUGAAAAUUUAAAAAAACAACUGCUCAAGAAGCUUAGCAACAAGGAUACAGUCCUUGCCAAAAAAAACGAAGAGAUGCAUGAGCUGAUAUGCAAACAUGGCAAGCUGGCUUCCAAGCUUAAAAUUUCAGAGGAGCAGGUGCUUUUUUGUAUAGACCGAAUAAACGACCUGGAGCUAAAAUUAGAGAAAAUGGCGCAGUUAUUGACCGACAAAGAAGAUAAAAUUGCUUGUCUACAGCGUGACAAAUUGGAGCUGCAGCAGUGUCUGCAAGAGACACGUGCCGAGCUACAUAAUGGUCGUGAAGUUCUCAACGCCUCCUUGGAUUUCCUGGAAACUUCGCAGUCGGCCGAUAGCAUGAAUACGACACCCGAAAAUUUGGCUUGCUCCGUUAUAGAUAAGCAAUUGCGUGAAAAAGAAGAGGAAAAUGACGAGCUGCGUAAGCUUUUAACAGCCAUCGUGGAAGAAAAAUCAAAUUUACUAAGAAAACUGUUAAAUAUCAUGAUACCCUUUCAAAUGGAGAUGCCAUCGGUACCUGAUGUUUCACAACUCGCGUGCUUAAAUGAGCCAAAUGUAGACCAGUUGUCCGUUCGCUAUGAGCAAGAGCUGCAACGUGUAAGAGAACUGCAGGUUCAGUACUACACACUGAAGCAGCAAAAUAUGCAGUAUGAAGAGUACAUUCAAGAGCAAAUAAAAAAAAAAGCGGAAAAAUUUGAUCGCGUGUUAGAAGAGACUCAGUUAUCUCUGCUAUCUAGUAUUGACAAGCUGCAGAAACGCGACAAGGAAAUUGGGGACUUUGCCAACAUUUACCAGGAACUUGAAAAAAAGGAUGAGCAACUCGCGCAGAUGGGCUGCGAAUUAAUUCAACGGUGCAGUCAAACUCGUAUCCUAGAAGAACAAAUCGACGGCGAAAGAGAAUACUCAUUCAGUCUACAACCCAACAUAAACUCGCAACAAGUGAUCAUUCAUUCUCAGAAUGAUCAAUUAUUUGAGCAGCGACAGCAUCUAAGCGACAUUAAAGAGCAGCUACAGUACUUAAUAGACAUGGUAGGCGCUAAUUUUAAUCAGAAUACAACUUCAUCCGCUACCACCGAAAACCGCCUGGUAUAUAUGAAAAAUAUGUUGAUAUGUUUGCUGACGAGAAUAUGCAACCAGGAUAAGCAUAAGAAGCCCGAAAAUUUGCUGAAUCAACACUGCCGCUUACAAACCAGCAGGUAUCAAAUGAAUGUGUCGAUUCAAAAUCUUCCCAAGCAACAGCAUAAUGCUGCAAAUAAAAAUCAACUUCAGCUUGAGCAAGAACUAAAAACUAUAACUGAAAAAGCAAAGCUGCAGAGUAUAGAUCAAACGCAGCUGAUCCAACAACUGGAAGAUGAGCGACUUGAACUUUGCAGUCAGAAGCUAGAGAAAGCACACGUUGAACAGGAGCUGAUGGCUUCCAAUAAGAAGCAAAAACAGCUAGAACAGAAAAUAAUUGAACAAACAGAGCUGCUGCAAAAGGGCGAGUCCACUACCCAGUCGCAUCAAGAUCAGAUUAUACUACAAAGACAGCAGUUAGACAAACAGCAACGGGAACUUAAUGCUUUGCAGUAUAAGCUGGAACUAGCGGAACAGCAGGUAAAAACGGCUGAGGCACAGUUGCAGAAGCAAGAAUCCUUGUUAAUACAUAUCAACAAACUACAGGAUGCGAUUAAGGAAGCACAGCAUGCAAAUUUGAGUUUAAAACAAGAGCAAAUACAGCAAACGGAGCACACACGGAUUGUAGAAAACGAUUUUAAUGCGAUUCAAUACACGCUUGAAAAAAGGGAAGAGGAAUUAGAGAAGAACAAAGUACAGCUGGAUUCAAGUACAAAGCGCUUGGAGAAAGUUGCCAUUAAACUAGGGGAGCACCAAGCACUUUUAUCUAAAGCGCAACGCGAAAUAAAUCAGUUCAAACUGGCACAAAAAGAACAAGCAGAGCUUAUCAAAGCGUUGCAACAUGACAAGGAGAGUCUGCUGUUGGAAUUGCAAAAGAACAAGGAGCGUGUAAAUCAUUCAGAGAAGACGCAGACUAGCUUGGCAUAUAAACGUGAUUUUGCGGAGGCAGCACAGAUUGCAACUUACGGACGGACUAUAAAGCCCGAGAGAGAUUGUAAAGAAACAAACAGCACCAUAAUACAGGAUUUACAGCAGCAGGUGAAUGACAUCGAGAAGGAAAAAGUGAGCUUGAUUCUUGAAGUUGGCGGCCUCAACUCGGAGAUUGUGCAGCAUCAAAAACGCAUAGCAGAUUUGAGUGCUCAAUUACAACAAGCAAACGAGUCAAUUGAUGCAAUGCGUAGCUCAACGCAAGCCAGAGAAAACAACGCUUGCAAUGCUCAAGAGCUGGAGCUAAUAAGACGUACAUAUAAAGAGCAGUUGACUACAGUAGAGGCGCAGCUGGCGGAAGCGCUGCAGGAACUCGACCGGACACGGCUCCUUUAUGAAUCGAUACAGUAUCAACCAAAUUAUAAGAUAAAGCAACCUAAAUUAGAGAGCAAGAAACUUAAUAUACCAAGAGAUGAGCCAGAAAACAGCAAUGAUACAGUUAGCGAUUCACAUAGAAGCCAGGAUAAGCUGAUAGAAACUUUGGAGAGCUAUAAUUCUAUCCAGCCACAAAUGCAGGAAAUGCAGGAACAACUUGAGCAGCACCGAGCUAAAGCACACCAGCGUGAGAUCGAUUGUCAGAUAUUGCAGGCAAAGUAUCGCGAAACAAAGGAAGAAAUAAAUCACUGUGAGCAAAAGCUUAAGGAUCAGCGUCUUGAGAUGGAGGGGAAAUUAGAAAAGAUGAAAACAAAAAUGCGCGCAUUGUACACGGCUGAGGUUACCCGAAUUAAGGAGAAACAGGAACGCGAUGCGGCCACUAAUAAGCUUAAAAUGGAAAAAUUCAGUGUUCAGAGUGCUAAGUAUGAGGAACAUACUCAAAAGCUAUCUAAUCAGAUUGUGCGCCUUAAUGAAAAGAUUUUAGAGCAGCAAAAGCAGCUUACCAUUUUCAGUACCAAACUACGACACCGUCAGGAAGCCGACCAGGCAACGACUGCUUUUGCGGCAAGUGAUGAAUGGCAACCCUUUAAGCGACCUCGUGUGCCACCUACCGAUCUUGGCAGCAAUCUAACAAUGGAAGAUGAAGAAGGUGAGGUGUUUAAUAACACCUACCUUACAGAUCUGAAGCUGGGUAGUGUGCCAAACAUGAUGGCUAAAGAAUUGCAUCAUCGCAAUUCGUUACAACCACCACAUUUAAAGAGCGCCUACGCAGCGCAGUAUAACUUGGACGCCCAUGAUGACGAUCUAAAAAACGGUCCACUUAGCCUAGAUGACAGCAUGAGUGCAUUAUUAAGUACUACGGAGGGCAACGGUGUCGGAAUGCGUAAAAAGUCGAUGGGUACUCACUACAAGCGCCCGGGUCCGCCAACACCCAGUAAAAAUGGUGGUCGCUUGUCGUUUGGCAGUAUGGAACCGCCGCGGGAAAUAUUACGAGAGACUUCUGACAACAAUGGCUUUGCUAAGACCCCCGCCCGCUUCAAGAUCUUUGCAUCACGUUUUAGCAUUGGUUCCAGUGGUAUCGGUGGCGGGGUACAUUGUCUGCCAAGCGUCGAGCAACGGCGUCGACGUCAACAUAAAAAAAAUUUGUUUACAGGUAUGCACCGCCGCAUUCCGGUGAUGCGACCAGCGAAAUAUUUUUUCCCUGCAACUCCACGUAGGAGCUGCUCCAACUUUAAUCACCAGCCAGUGAUCGCGCAAUGGGAUGCGGCAUUAAAAGUCCUAGAGCACCAACCGCCGGGAAAGAUACAGCAUUUUUCUAACACUGCGUUAUUAGCCAUGAAUAGCGGGAAGGACAGUAAGCCGGAAAUUUGUCGUAGCCAGUUAGUGACGACAACUAGCUCGACUAUCAGUCUAGCAUCCGUUAGUCAAAUUUUAUUAAGUGGAUGCAAGCGGACAGACACUGCACGCUCGUCGUUUUGUUUGCAUGGUACAACGAGGGAGUUGGAACAUAACCGCAUGCUGCAGCGAAGCAAUAUUAAACAAAAACGUGAACGAUGUUUUGAUGAGUGGAGGCAUUUGUCUGAUUCACAGUCUAAAGAAAAAGAGGCAAAGGAUGGUAAUGCACCGUAUUGCGCUGGGAAAAAUUAAUAAUAACAAUUAAAAUGUAACCAGCCACUAGUGAAGGGGCUGGCUGACCAUCAUGGGGCGCUUAAGCGACAGAAUUCGCCGAAACGUGGAUUUGUUGCUCCUGUUCACUGACUGCUUUUGCAACAAAGAAUAGUUAGAAGAUAUAAAGUAACUUGGCAGCAGGCAGCGCGUCUCAAAACAACACAUCAAAUAAUUUUCAAAAUUAAAGAUUGAUUUAAACUAAUUUUUAUAAUACAAACAAUCAACUUCCGUUGUCCUUUUUCAGAACUCGCCUCCCAAGCGACGCCUCAGUAACAUGUUUAAACGCAAGUAGGUGUGUUUAACUCCAAUAUACCAGCGGCCAUUGAUACCUUGUGUAUUUUUUUGUAUAGUAAGAUGUAUGUUUGAUUGUCUCAGCAGAGUGAAAAGUGCUAUAAACGAACGAUUAGUGCUGUAACUAUUUAAUAUAUAAGUCAAUUAUUUUCUAAUUUCAAAGCUAUUUUGGCUUUAAACAAUUAUAUACGGUUUGUCGCAACUGACUUAUCUCUUAAGAGUACCUACUUUAUUGCAACAUAUGUUAUGAAAGUAUUGAUGUAAUGAAUUUCGAUAAGCAAUGUACUACAAUAUGAAUUUUGUAUGUAUAUAUAUAUUUAUUAUUUUGUCUAUGGCUCAACUCAAUUGACUUAUCUCUUUAAAGUACCCACUAUAUUGUAACAUAUUCAAAUAUUCUUAUGAAUUUCGAUAAAUAAUGUUCUAGUAUAUGAAUUUUGUAUAUAUAUAUUUUGACGGAACAAAUGAUGCGAUAAGCCAACAAUUUUUCUAUUUUUUUUUUCACGCAACAAUAAAGUUAUAGAUCAUCA